CAUUAGUCACUCCCGUCUCAGGGUGAUCGAAGAAAACUGCAGCAAGCUGUGGGAGCUGAACAACACUGACUUUCACAAGGAUCAGACCACAGAGCAUAUGGUUGAAAAGUUUGAAAUAUAUCACUGCCAGAAAGCAGCAGAGGAAACUGCAACAGCCUGCUGAAGAGAAUGAGCAGUAAGUAGUAUUAGCAAAGGAACAAUGAAGAACAUAACCUGGGUACAUUUGCCAUUCUAGGGGAAGGUGUUUUGUGAAUCUAUAGCCUCAAGCCCAGAGAAACAACUUGAUAAAGCUAAAGCAAAAAUAUUGGAAGAUUGUACCAAUUCACUCCAGAAAUCGCCUGUGACAUUCCUUGUGGAAUCUUGAAGUAUAUCGGAAAGGUAAAAUGAGGAGGCUGCUUGUUAAUUUGGCACAAGAAGAAGAUUAUUCUAAGAAAAUAAUGAAAUGGUAACUCAGAACUCAACUACUAACAACAAUUGAUAAAUGAGAAGCAAGUGAGUUGCCCUCUCCAAUCUGCAGCUUCAACUUGUUAAAAGUAAGCUCUGAAAACUGGAGAAUGAUGUGAAAGCACGUGAGAAAAUCAUCCCGAGGAUUUCUUCAGCUGACGGCAUUAAUAAUGGCACAAAGUCUCCACCUAGUGGACAAGUUCUAACAGUACAAGUACCUACAACACCAGCAUGUCUUUAAUAUCUUUUCCAAAUGAAAUGGUCAACGGCUGUGUCAGAACAGAGCUCAUUGAGCGACACUAUAACUACACAGGGAAAUUCUACAAAAGGGGAAACCCCACUGAUGGCAUGGACCUAACCACAGUGGCCUUUCUGAUUAUCUGCAGCUUCAUUGUGCUUGAAAACCUCAUGGUUCUGCUGGCCAUUUGGAAGAACAACAAGUUUCAUAACCGCAUGUACUAUUUCAUUGGUAAUCUAGCCCUGUCUGAUUUGCUGGCGGGAAUAGCCUACAAAGUGAAUAUCCUCAUGUCUGGAAAGAAGACCUAUGGACUCACACCAACUGUCUGGUUUAUUAGGGAAGGAAGCAUGUUUGUAGCCUUGGGAGCAUCCACCUUUAGCUUAUUGGCAAUAGCGAUUGAAAGGCACAUGACUAUGAUAAAGAUGAGACCCUAUGAUUCUAGUAAAAAGCACAGAGUGUUUCUCCUCAUCGGUGCCUGUUGGCUGAUCGCCAUUUUAUUUGGUGCCUUGCCUAUCCUUGGCUGGAACUGUAUCUGCAAUUUUUCAGAUUGUUCCACAGUCCUGCCUCUCUAUUCCAAAACAUAUGUUGUCUUCUGUAUAAGCAUCUUCAGUGCAAUUUUGCUGGCCAUUGUAAUACUUUAUGCUCGUAUUUAUAUAUUGGUCAAGUCAAGCAGCCGCAAAGUUGCAAACAGAAAAUUCACCAAAAACAAUUCUGAAAAAUCCAUGGCUCUACUGAGGACAGUAGUAAUUGUUGUCGGGGUUUUCAUUGCAUGCUGGUCCCCAAUCUUCAUUCUAUUGCUCCUUGACGUGGCCUGUAAGCCAAACAGGUGUAGCAUACUGUAUCAGGAAGAUUGGUUUAUUGCAGUUGCAGUCCUCAAUUCUGGCAUGAAUCCCAUUAUUUACACUCUGGCCAGCAAAGAGAUGCGCCGGGCUUUCUUCCGACUCCUCUGUGGCUGCUUAGCCAAUACUAAAGUCUCAAAGGCGCUUCCAAUUCAAUCAGCUGCAGAUAACAGCAAAAGCAAAUCUAGUGGCAGUAAUCCACAGAAACCUAAAGGAGAGCCCUCAGAAAUCUCUAAUCAUUUAAAGGAAAUCAAGACUUUUAAUUCAUGAACACCCAAAGGAGCAUUUUGACUAUUGGUGGCUUGUCUGCCUUAAUAUACAGGGCUGAGCUCAACUUAAUGAGCUUAAAAUAUUAUUUUUGUAAACUCUUAAUUCCUUGUAUGAAAGAUUGGUCCUUUAUUUUAGCUCUUGAACUUUGAAAUGGAAUGCCCUUUACAAAAUUCUGAUAUUUAGCACUGAAACCACAAACCAAAGCUCAUACAUCAUAUAAUGACCAAAGAACUUUAGCAAUUUUUUAAAUAAAGUUCCUUGAUACAAUUCCCAUUUUAGUUGCAAUGAAAAUAUUUGAAGCGUUAGUCAUAAAUUCUAAUAUUUUAAUUUAAUAGAAAAUGGUACUUUUUUGUUGUGAGAAUUAAGUUUGAAUCUUCAUGUUGCUACCCAUCCACUAAUUUUCCCAGGGUGUAAUGUUAUGGAUUCCACUGAAUUCAAACCCAAUGUCAUUUCUGAGAUUUGUUUUAACCUCUCUGACAAAGGCCUACAUUUCUUGUUCUCAUAUACACUGGGAAACUAUCCACUACACUUAUCAAUCGCAUGGAAAAAGCCUUUGUCCUUAAAAAUAGCAGGUCAACAUCAGAUCUCACUCAGGCAAAUAGUACAAUGGGUUCCCAUUUUUUUUAUUGAAAAAUUUCUCAAAUUGAUUGGAAAUCACAUAAUCCCUUUUAAAUGUUUAUACUGUAUAACACUCAUAAGUUGGAAGUGUCAUAUAUAGAACAUAUAUCAAUGACUCAACGUAAAUUAUUUAUCAUCCUUUAUCAUUGUAUUUUUUAUUUCUUCCCAAAGCCAAAAUCUAUUCAAAGUUUAACAAACAUCAGUCAAAUAUCUGCAGAAUAAAAUACCAUCUCACUGCAUACACAACAAAAUAUUUGACCUAAUCUCUAAACAGUAGAUACUGACAACUUGUUGAUUAAUUUAUUAAUUGGAUGAUAUAUCAUUCUAGUAAACUUCAUUAGAAGCAAUAAAAGAAAAUUCGAGCUGUGAGAAAAUAAAACUUUUCUAAUUUCUGUGUUUCUCGCGAAGAAACUGUGCGUCUGAACUUACUGCCACAGUUGCUUCUCCAGUCUAGACACAUCCUACAUUAAGCACAAAUGACAGCCAGCUUCCCCCUUGUAGCUAAAAAGUACAGUCUAAAGCAGCAUGUCAAUCACUGUCAAAUUCACCACCUCUCCACCAUCAGUCUGUUGCAAAAUAUUUACAGGGUCCCUGUGGGGAAGGGGGCAGUGUGGUUGUCAACCCCAAAUUUGAGAAGUGAUGAGGUAUUCAUAUCUUGUUCUUUUCAAAGAAAGACAGUAGAUCAGACCUUGGCCUUAUGUUAUAGUGGAGAGUCGAUGACAUUGUGCUUUUUAUUCCCAUCGAAGAUCUCCAAGGGGUGCAGAGAAGGUUUAAUAGAAUGAUCCCUGGCUUGAAAGACUUAAUGUUUUUGAAAAGGCCAGUAAAGCAAGCAUUGUUCUCCAAAGUUUGAAGAGUAGAGUAGGCAGGAAGGUAGAGUAGAUGGGAAGAAACAUUUUCCAUUAUGAAAGGACCUACAAUCUGAAGACAAAGACAAAGAGAAUUGCCAAACAGCCACAUCUGGCAUUACUUAACUUAGGCACCAUUUGUGAAUGCUCCAUGGCAAUUAUUCUAUGUACAUAUAGUUAAAGGAUUAGAUUCCACAUACACUUUGUAACAAAGGUACUAUUUUGUCAAAAAUAUAGUUUUAAUCAAUUUGCUGUUAAUUUAUAUGAAGAAAUCUCACAAAACCACCAGGUAAAGAUGAAUGUGGGAGGUUUUAUCACCUGUUUUAGUUCAUCCAUUCAAAAGGAUGAAAUGCUGCUUCUCCCUCUACAUACACACUGAGCAUUUGUUUACCAACAGGGAAAGAAAGAUUAUAAUUAUUUAAGAAACAAUAACAUCUGGAAGUCAUUUCCAUGCAUCAAGCACAUUUUUGUAGGGAUCGGUCUCAUGAUAAUAGGACAAUUAAAUGUAGGAGCAGAAUUAGGCCAUUUGCCCCGUCAAGUCUUGCUGCCAUUCCAUUAUGGCUGAUUUAUUAUCCCUCUCAACCCCACUCUUUACAUAACCUUUGACGUCCUUACUAAUCAAGAACUUAACUGCCUCUGUUUUAAAUAUAUCUAACGACUUGAUUUGCACAGUUAUCUGUGGCAGAGAAAUCCACAAAUUCUCUGCCCUCUGGCUGAAAAAAUCCUUCUAAUUACGUAUUAGAGAAAAAUUGAUAUAUUUCUCAAUUUUUUAAAACUAAUAUGAACCAAAUUCGCUUUAUUUUCUUUGAAGAUGUGAAUAUAUCUUUUUCAUAGCAUAUAUUGUCUUUUAUAAAACCACAUUUAAGUUACUUUUUAAAGCUAAGGGGCAAAAGUUCCUUUCAACACUACAGAUCUAUCUGCCUCUUCAGUAUUUGAAUGUCUUAUUGUUAUUUCAACUAAAGACAAAAUAUUCAAUGUGAAAUUAAGGCAAGCUGAGAUGCUGAAAGUCUAAAAUGAACAGAAAAUGUCUAGGAACCCUUUACAGGUCAGGUAGCAUCAUUUUUCCGUAUGUUAGCAACUGAAUGAACAUUUAACACCAUGCCUUUCACUGAAUUACACCCUACCACACUGGCUAUAUCCUUCAGCAUGCUGAUUGUUUUGUUUCCUGUUGUUCUACCGUGUCUGGGCAUGUCAAAGUUACGACGACCUCCAGUUCUCUUUUAAUUUUCGUUGGCAUUCUGGAAUCAUUAGUUUUCUUCUGAGCAAUAUUUAAAUGGAGCUUAACUGGUCCACAUAUUUAUUUUUUGCUCAGCUCGUUUUAUGGCUGCUGAAUUGCCACUGUAGGUUCAAUUGCUCCUCCUGGUUCAACAGUACUUUUCAUAUUCAUCCGUUAAUAUAAGUUAAAGUUUGUAAGUAUUUCAGAAGCAUGUCACCGUCACCACCUCCAAUCUCCCCUUUCCCUGCCUCCGAAGUAUUAAAAUGUAAUUUCUGGAAGUCAUAGGGCAUCUAAUUCCUAAAUUAUUAGUAUGCCAGCAUUAUCUACUUGUAUUAUUAACAGUAGCAAUGUGCAUGUAAUUGUAACUCUCUUUUUUACAAAAUGGCUUUUAGCUAUUUAAAAAGUAAUCAUGGCUGUGUAGAUUGCCAGAUAAUUGAAGGAAAUUAUAUUAUACAAUGUAGUUUCCAGUGACAUAAGUGAACCCUGCUUGUACUAGUGUAUAAAACCGCUAGUGUACAAAUUAUGUGCUCUAGCUUCAAAAAUAAAGUUAUGCUAUUA